AAAUGUUGGUUUGGUUGAGGGUCUCACUCUCACCUCGGCGGUGCAGAUUUAGCAGACGACCUUUCUUCUCAAAUCCUCCAGAGACCUCUGAAAGUCUCUCACUCAUUUUUUCUAUCAAAUUAAAUAAAGCUGGAAUCGCAGCCGCUAGAAACGAUGGGAUUCGAUCGGACCGUCUAGAAUGAAUCCCUCGCUGUCUUCUUCUUCUCCUCCGUCUUCUACUUCGGCUUCCGCCGGUUCCUGGUUCUCCGGCGUUGUCCGGGGCCGGUCCGACCGGGCCGGGUCCGUCAAGAUGGGCUCCGACUCUGGUUCCGGUGACUUUUCCGGCCCCGUCGUGCGCAAGAAUCAGUUCCGAGGGGCGCUCUUCAAGUACGGCCCGAAACCAAUUCAGGUUGCAUUUAAAACAGGUGAUUAUAGACAGCAAGUCAUCUUUAUUGGUGGAUUGACCGAUGGCUUUCUGGCAACAGAAUACUUGGAACCUCUUGCAAUUGCUUUGGACAAGGAGAAAUGGUCACUUGUUCAACUACUCAUGUCAUCUUCAUACAAUGGAUAUGGCACUUCCAGCUUGAAACAAGACGCGAUGGAACUUGAUCAGCUGAUUAGUUAUUUUAUAAACAAAGAAGAUUCUGAGGGUGUUGUACUGAUUGGCCAUAGUACUGGCUGCCAGGACAUUGUACAUUAUAUACGCACAAAUGCUGCAUGCUCUAGAGCGGUUCGUGCUGCCAUUCUACAGCAUAACACCAAUCAAAUUGUUCAGGCUCCAGUCAGUGAUCGGGAAUACAGAGCAACUCUUCCUGAAACAGCUGCUAUGAUUGACUUGGCUUCAACCAUGAUAAAUGAAGGUCGCGGAUCUCAAUUAAUGCCAAGUGAAGCAGAUUUAGCCCCAAUAACUGCCUAUCGGUAUCACUCACUUUGUGCAUACAACGGGGAUGAUGACAUGUUUAGUUCUGACCUUACUGAUGACCAGCUGAGACUGAAACUUGGGCACAUGACUAACACACCUUGCCAGGUUAUUUGUUCCAUGGCUGAUGAGUAUGUGCCAGACUAUGUUGACAAGAAAGCAUUGGUUCAAAGAUUGUGCAAAGCAAUGGGUGGUGCAGAAAAGGUUGAAAUUGAACAUGGAAAUCACUCCCUUUCUAACAGAGUUCAUGAAGCUGUCGAUGCAAUGAUUGAUUUUGUUAAGAGAGACGGACCUAAAGGGUGGGAUGAUCCAUGGAAUUAGUGUGGCAUAUCUGAAAGAAUGAGAGCUGCUUAGAAUCGUUGUUGAAAAAACAACUAUGGGGAGGCAAUUGAAGGUGGAAGGGAACCGUUGGUAGAUGGAUGGUGGGGGUUGGUAGUUGGUACCCACCAUAGGUUUGGCGCAAUUUUUCUUUAAGAAUGUCUUUCAUGAUUUAUGAACAACUUUUUGGCAUGAGACUACAGAGAUUGUGGGAACGUCUUAUGAUCACAUAUUCAUCCCCAGAUAGAUGCCUCAUUUUUCUUAGCCAAAAGCCACUUAGAGCUUCAC